GAUCUUCCAGCGGGGCAUGAAAGAGGCUCUUUAAUAUAGGCUGGGAGCAGUUCUCAGACAUUUGAGUGCAGCGAAGAGAUCCAGCAUGUCCUCCUGAGCCCGGCUGCUCAUGCUGGGACCAUAGUUCAUCCAAGCGGUGAGAAGCAGCAGGAGUUGCAGACUUCUUCUUCUUUUUUUUCUUUUUUUUGUCAUGGAUCUUCAGACCUCAGCCGAGCACAAGCAGGUCCAUCAAGCCUCAACUUUCCGUUGGCUUUCCUUUGCUUACCAGGGCCUGACAGAGAUCCCUUAUGACACCAUCCUAAUGCAGACAAAAACACUGGAGGUGCUGGACCUGAGUUACAAUAUCCUGGAUGAGAACCCGGCUCGGUUGGGGCGGCUGGAGAAGCUCAGCACGCUGAUAUUGGACUCCAACAACUACACAUCUCAUGUCAAGUUCCCCUACAUGCCGAGCAUCACUGCACUGUGCAUCAACAAGAACAAGAUCAACAACCUGCCUGUGUUUGUGGAAGAGAUCAGGCGAAAGUUCCCCAACAUCAAGAUCCUCAGUAUGAUGAACAAUGAGGCUGCACCCAGCUACUUCAACGGAGGAAGUCUGUCCCAGUAUACAGACUACAGGCACUAUGUGAUCAGUCAGAUCUCAGGCCUGGAGAUUCUGGAUGACACAGAGGUUCUGGAGAAGGAGAGAGUCCAGGCCAGGAAAACCUACAGACUACAGCAGAGCAAUCUCAGCAGCAGGAGGAAGAAAGACGAGUCAUCCAGGAAACGCACACACAUGCAGAGGAAGGCUGAUGCCAUCAUCAGACAAUAAAAUCAUCCCUUUAACAAUAUGUUGCUAUUCAAUUCAUUUUGGUUGGCAAUGAUUCAGGCAACAUUUAUAAACAUGUUCUAUGAUGCAAUACCGUCAUAUUAAAAAAGACACUUCUGCAUUA